AUGUUGGGCAUCAUCAGCCUAGUCAUGUGGUCGCUCCAGGGCAUCAUGGCCAUCGUUGUCCUCGGUCUAUCAGUCGAUCUUGUGAAGGGCCAGAUAAUAGGUGACGCCCCAACGACGACAAGAUAUGGAACAUUCACUGGCGGUUUCGGGCUGGCAGUGGCUAUCCUAGGCCUCGUCUCUGCGUACAUUGACGCAAUUCCAGCCCUCAUUGUCAUGGCUGCUGAUGCUCUAAGUGGACUGCUCCUGCUUGGUGGCGGUAUCGCGUUUGCCAUCGGGUUGCGUGGAGUGACCUGCGAAACUCCCAACAGCCAAGAUGAGCUGGACCUGCAGUGGAGCAAUGAGCUCAUUAACGGGGGAUCUGUGAAAUAUGAAGGGGACGACAAAGUAGGAGAUAAAAUGACGCAAGACCGGCUCGUGGAUAACUGCAAGAAGGCUACCGCUGAUCAGGCUAUGCAAUUCGUGACGUUUGGGUUUGUGAUCACCACUAUUGUUCUUGUUUUCUUGGUGUGGAGGAACGGCCGUGGCAGCAAGGGCGGUGCUUACGUCUGA